AUGCUAGACUCUCCAUUGGAAUCCAUAUUCACUUGCUCCCAAUUCACUGGUUUUGGGGUGUUUUACACAUAUUUUUUAUCGUUUUCCUUAUCAUUCAAUUUAUCACUAACCAAGGCGUUGUAUAUAGCUUUUCUCGGUGCAACACUUGUUUAUUCAACUGGAUAUUAUCAAUUUGAUAAUUUGAAUUUUGAGCCAAAAACUGUAGUUGUUUAUGGAUUGUUUAUAGAAAGUUUUUGUUCGGCUGCCCUUACUGCCUGCUUUUUUGCAGACAAAAAAUACGAGGAUGCUCUGAUCCUUCGAAUCCUUCCCAAAAUUUCGAUCCUUCUAUUUUACACUGCUUUUUAUUUCAACAGGGUCGCUUCAAUGUUUUAUGUGAGGAUCGUUUCUCGUGCCCAACAACUAACAGACGGAGUUACUUUAUUGAGUUGGGUGUUUACAGUAAUCUUAUUGGGAUUCAAGAUAGUAGGGUAUGAAGAGUAUAAAAAGAGCCUUGGAAUAACCAUGGUUGCCUAUGGUUUCCUGUACCUCAGUCUCGCGCUUUAUAUCAAUGACAAACUGCCUGAAGUACGUGGAUUAUUAGAUCAUGAAAUCUCGAAACUAUUUGGAUUCGGAAAUUUGGAGACUGUGCUAAAAUACGAAGAACAUAGAACAUUCAGUUGUAAUGAAGGAUCAAUCUAUUAUUUUCGAAAUUUGACAAAUGAGAAAAUUGCCAUUGAUAUUUCAUUCUCUAAUCCGGAGGACCAUGUUAAAAAUUUCCACCGAAGGUUUAUCCGAGGACGCGGUCAUGUUAAAUUUGAUAUCAAGAGAAGAUCAAACAAAAUGGGAAAUGAUCGGUUUUUUGUGUUUUAUGCUAACAACUUAAAGGAUUUGGACGAUUAUAAUAAUUGUGGAUUUAUAACUGUUCGGUUGUAA